AUGUCGGCUGCCAGUCGCGCUACCGCCCAGCAGAAACCCAGCUUCGCUAACGCAAUCUUCUUCGACUCCCCCUCCGCCUUCGGCACCUGGCUAUCCCAAAACCACGCUACUGCGACCGAGGUCUUUGUAGGCUACUACAAGAAACAUACGGGCCGGCAAGUCAUGCCGUGGUCCCAAGCCGUCGACGAAGCGCUCUGCUGGGGCUGGAUCGACGGCCAAGUCAAGUCAAUCGACAGCAACCGCACCGCACAACGCUUCACACCCCGUAAAAAGAAGGGGAGUCACUGGAGUCGCAUCAAUGUGGAAAAGGUUGCUAUCCUCGAGGCGGCGGGGCGCAUGAGGGACCCCGGACGGGCGGCGUUCGCACUCAGGACGGAAGAGAAUACGGCGCAGACUUACUUCGAGCGCGAGGCGAAGGGACUGAGUGAGGAAUUCAAGGUGAGGUUGGAGACCGAUGAGGGGGCGGCAGCGUACGUGGAGGGGAGGACGCCGGGGUAUAGGCGGCAGGUUUUUGAUUGGAUCAUGUCGGCUAAGCGGCCGGAGACGAGGGAGAGAAGACUGGUUGAGCUUAUUGAGAGUUCGGCGCAGCAGCUUGAUGUUAGGCAGUUCAGGCGAUGA